ACACACACAGAGAGAGAGAGAGAGAGAGAGAGAGAGAGAGAGAGAGAUGGGAAAUGGAAGGGGAGGAAGAAAGCUGAUGGGACCACUGCUGGCGGUGAACUCGGUGGUUUAUCUGAUACUACUCGGCCUCUCUGCUUGGUCUCUCGACAAAUAUAUCGACGGCCACCAGAAUCAUCCUCAUUUGGGCGGAAACCCGUCGACGGUCUUCCUACUCGUAUACGCACUGAUUGCGGGGAUAAUAGGUCUUUGCUCUGUGAUUUUGGGUUUCGCCCAUCUUCGUGUAUGGAAUAAUACGACUCUUGCUAGCGCUGCCACGUCAGCAAUUAUUUCAUGGGCUGUAACUGCACUUGCUUUCGGGCUUGUUUGCAAGCAGAUCACAAUGGGAGGACAUAGGGGCAAACGAUUGCAAACAUUGGAGGCAUUUAUCGCAAUAUCGGGAGUGAGCCAGCUGUUGUAUUUGCUGCUUCUGCACGCCGGCAUUUUUAGCAGCAGAUACGGACCAACUUAUAAUGGCUAGUAGCAUUUCAAACUAGACAAUCACUUGUCAAACUUAAUUUUCUUUUUCUUUUUUCGGGUUUUUUCUUUUUCUUUUUCUUUUGUGGCUCAAGUCAUAAUAUAUAUACUCGGUGAAAUUGGCACUUUUUGCGUGUGUGAAUUCAAGGACCACUUCUCAAAAACAAAAAAAAUCGAGGAUAUUUUGCU